AUGCCCUCACUCACCAGGAUAAAGAUUAUAGUAGCGAUUAAUUUAAAUGACGCGUUAGAUCCAACGGUCAUAAACAAAACUCACUAUAUCCGAGUCACAGCGGUCUCACAAAUAACUCGUGUCACUCGGUUUCACGACUCAGUACUAGACUCACUCACCUUCUAUCUCUCGUCUUCCAACCCUUAUUUUCUCACUUUUUUUGUUACCUCUGAACAACAUAACAUUGCGUUCAUCCCUGUUAUUUGCGGUGGCCUUUUUCGUCUUUUCACUCUCUCCCUUUUUCAUAUCCAAUCACACGGUCCAUCUCUUCCCACGGUUUCACUUUUUCAUUCUUCAUUCUUCAUCGCUCUCCGCCACCUUACGAAAUCGUUUCAUGGUUCUCGCUACUUCCUGAUUCCUCCUCCGAUUUCAUCAUCGUUACUUCGAUUGAGGGUUUGGAUUGAGAUUGAGAUUGAGAUCUGUUUGUUUGGGGUUUGA